ACUGACUUCCCCAGUGACAUCAAUACAGUGAUCGGUGCUAAUAAAAAGCACUAACACUGUACUAAUGACACUGGGCAGAAAGGGGUUAACAUCUGGGGCGAUCAAAGGGUUAACUGUGUUUUACUGUGUAAGCACACUGCUUUGUAUUGCUCUGCUAUGCAGAGCAAUACAAAGCAGCAUGUUGGAGCCAACGGGAGAGAUCUGUAUUGUUUACAUACAGACUUUUCCUCUAUCACUGUUCCUAGGUGAUCGCCGGCCGGGACCCGGUGAUCGACAGCUGUAGCUGCCAAUAGCAGCGCG